UUCGCGUGCUAGACGACGCGGGUCAGUCGAGUUCGCUGACACAAAAAGAGGGGGUGUGUGUGCAAAGUUCGACCAACAAAAGAACGCAUUAUACUUCUCGGGGGAUACUUCGAGAGUAGUCUCGCACGACUAAGUGAGCGCGAAUUUCCGAAGCAGAAGUGAAUCGUCGUCUUUUAUUUCAUUUUUCGUCGCGGUCGUCGGGCUUCGUCCUGUUCGGAUCGUCUGUGUUUCGGGUAGAAAGAGAGAGAUAUUCGGGAGGUUUCCUCUUUGAGAAGAGAAGAACGAAUUCGUGCCAUCAAUCGGCGGCACGUCUGGCCACUAACGACCUCUUCUCUCGUGUGUCGCCGGUCUCAAGAGUCGGCGAGAGCGUCUACUCGAACUUCUAUUUCUCCUCGAUCCCCGUUCUUUCUCCUACCACUGUUUCUCCCUCCUUCGUCUCCCCCUGGUCCCUGAAAUCUGGAACAAAACCGCGUGGCAAUGCUGCUCAGUAACAGUGACACGAACUAGCUGCCAGCGGUAGUUUCCUCUUUGAAGAUCAACAUAUCUAUUCAUACGACGACUUGAUUGACCAAGUAGAAGACAAUCAAUUACUUUUUUAAUAAAUUUAUAAAAUUAUCAAAAAUCUCGCGGUAGAAGGCAUCAUUUUGGAAUUUUCAUCUUCAAUCAUCUGAGGAACCAAGUCGAAAUAUUGAAAAAAAAAAAAUAAAUCAAGAUGACUCGCGGUGUAUGUACCAUAAUGAAAACAACGAUUCUUCUGCUGACGCUCGUUCUUCUAGACAUGGCCUUCGCCGCUUAUAUUCCGCCCGUUGAAAUCUCGGCAAAGGGUCUCAGGAGAAUCAGAAGGUCACAAUAUUGCUCCUCAAAUCUCAGCAACGUUUUGGCAGUACUGUGCCGCGAACAUGGUUACAACGAGCCGUUUUCUCACCGCGACAACCAACAGAGUUAUUCUCCACCUGGGCCGGGACUCGUCGAAGAGUGCUGUCACCGCUCUUGCACGUUAGAACAACUUCAGCUAUAUUGCAAAGCUCCUUCCGAAAAGAAGAGCGACAUCAUAGUUACAUCAAAUCAUUCUGACCACCAUUUAGAGGAUCAAUCACAUUCUUAUUCGACGUCGACAGAUCGGCAAUCGAAGCUGAGUCCACGUGCGGAAACGGAAAGCGGUGACAGCGCUGAUGUCAACGUAAAAUGUAAGAAUAUGAAAAGGGAACGCAAUAGUGUCUGCAAGGGGAAGAAUAACGGGAAAAAGCGUCACCACCGCGGCAGGCACUGGAGAUGCCGGCGUCGGUGUCUGAAGUGUCGCCAAGCUGGCAAGAUUAAUGAAUCUUAAUAACGGAGACGACCAAUGUUCACCUAAAUUCGUGACGUCGAAGUUUAGCAGACAAAUAUCCACACGUGUAUCUCACCUGUAAUCGUAAUGCAACGGUUGCCGAUCAACGCGCGAGAGAACGAGAGAAUUUUGAAAUAAAUUUUCGGGCAUUUUCCCAUUCUCUCUCGCCUAUGCCAAUUUCGUCUCUCUGUCGCAUCGUUUCGAAGUAAUUAACGAAGUUUGCAUGAAGAGAAAGAAGAAUACUCAGAUAUCACAAGAUGAUGUAUGUACUAACCGAUAAGUGUGUUACUCUUCUUUAACGCGAUCGAGAGAACGGUUCAAUCCAUUUUGAGCAAAAUAUCGACGAAAACGUGUAUAAGAUGUGAUUUUUCCAAUGACUCUUUGUUUCAAUGUUAAAAAAAAAACUUUUUUUUUGUUUUUUAAAAAGAGACAUUCAAUGGUGGUUGGCGAAUGGUGGUUAUCGAAUAAUAU